AUGGUACCAUCUUUCAGAAUCAUGUUCAAUACCGGAGCGCCGGAUGUCAGUAUGCAGCUCAUAGCAAUUGCACUGGCUGUAACGGGUGCUGUGGCGGUCCUGGCAUUCAGGACCCAUGCCGCUCGCAGGAUUCUGGAUGUGACCUGCAACGUUCUUCUAUCUCGCAUAUAUCGCAUCCCCAGUCUUGACGAUGGGACCAAUAUCAAAGGCCCUCCUUUCACAUUCUGGGACGGGCAAAUGACAGAAAAAUUUCUGUGCGCAAGGGAGAGAUCUUAUGAAUGGCAGGCGAAAUAUGGUUCUAUUUACAGAAUAUGGGUUGGCCCCAAUCCGGAAGUAGUUAUCACGGAGCCGAAAGACGUCCAGGCCCUAUACACCAAUGCGUAUGACCACGCCAAAGCCUCCGCCGCAAAUACCGGAUGGCUACUCAGUCAGAUCAUGGGCCAGGGCGCAGGCCUGAUUAACGGGCAGCGCUGGAUCAACCUCCGCAAGGAACUGGACCGGCACUUCUCUCACAAGGCUUCUCUUACCAUGGUCGGAACUUUGAACGAAAACGCCAAGACUUAUGUCCAGAACAUGGUACAAUACGGCCGUUCUAACGGAUCAGAGAAGAGCGGAAGCGAGAAAUUCGUGGUCAACGCUGCUCAUGCAUUGACAAGAUACCCUUACUACGAAAUCGCGAGCACGUUCUAUUCAAACCUGAACCAGCAAGAGAUAGAUAGACUGUGGGAUCUGGGCCAGCUUUUCACCAAGGCCUUCGCCAGGGUUAUUGACGGAGGGCUCAACAGGUCGAGACUGACCAAGUGGUUGAACACGGACGAUUGGAAGCUUACUAAAACCUACAUUGACCAAUGGGAGGAGUUCAACGCCUCUGCGUAUAAGCGCCGUGUCGAUGCUGGUAUCAACGACCAGGUUGUGGACCUGUUUCAAGCCGCAGAGGCCGGCAGGGUGGACCGCGAGGAAGUGCUCCAAACUCUUGCCGAGUCUCUGUUCGCAAACCUUGAUGUCACGACCCAUGUCAUGACGUCUUGUGUUAUUCUUCUCGCCGAUAACACAAUGGUCACCGAGGAUCUGAGAAGGGAAUUCUCCGAGCAUGCUGACGAUAUCGAUACAUAUCUCGGGAAGAAGGACACACUGCUUCACUACUGCCUGCUCGAGUCCCUGCGGCUCCAACCAGUACUGUCUUACUCGUUCCCAGAAAAGCCGCCACGGGAAAAGAUACUGGGCGGCUAUCGCAUCCCGAAAGAUAUGACGUGCGUUGUUGACGCUCACGCAAUCAACAUUCGCAACCCUUUCUGGGGUUCAGACACCAGGGAGUACCGUCCUAGUCGAUUCUUCACUAUCCCUCAAACCAAGCUUCGAUACAACCUCCAAGCCUUCGGGUACGGCCCCAGGAAAUGUUUGGGGAACAACAUCAGCGAUAAGAUGGUCCACGCGCUUGUCUAUCAACUGUUCAGUCAGUAUGAUUUGGUUGUAAGACCGAAUAUGAAGAAAGAGAAUGAUUACUAUUUCAAGACGGAUAAGACAAAUUGGCUGGGUCUUUUCGACGUGGAAUUGGAAAUGAAGAAGAGGGUACUGUAA